AUGGUCGUCUUCUUCACAUCAAAAGCGGUCAGUCCGCCAGUCACCAUCUACAUGGGAAGAGACAAAGUAGAAAACGAGGAACUGUUACGAUACGGCCUUCCGACCGAUGUUUGGUUCCAUGUCGACAAGCUGUCAUCAGCACAUGUUUACCUCCGACAACCCGACGGACAACCGCACGGUGAAUGGGACAAGCUACCGUCUGCUCUCGUGAACGACUUGGCCCAGCUGGUCAAGGCCAACAGUAUCGAAGGGAAUAAGAAGGACAACAUCACUGUCAUCUACACACCAUUCCCUAAUCUCAAAAAACAUGGAGACAUGCCCGUAGGCCAAGUCUCAUUCCACUCUGACAAAAAGGUCAAGCGAGCACACGUACCGACACGAGACAAUGCCAUUGUCAAUAGACUCAACAAGACCAAGGUCGAAAAGGAGGUGGAUCACGAGGCGGAGCACCAGGAGCGUCUGCGGCUGGAAGGCAGGAAGAAGAAGGCCAAUGCCAUUGAACGGACAAAGCAAGAGGCAGAACAAAGAAAAGCUUGGGAAGAAGAAAAGAAGGCCAAAUCUUAUGACAAUCUCUACACUGACGAUGCUUUCGAGGAACAGGCUGCCGCCAGCGAGGACGAUUUCAUGUAA